UAUGUCACGUGGAUAUAUUCAUGAAUGUUAAAUAAUAACAACGUAAUACGUAGUGCUCAAAGUAAAUAAACUGUUUUGGGUGUGACAGUACUUGACAGGUAACCUAUCACGACCACAGUUUGGCCGCAAUUUCAGGACUAAAAAUUGGAUAUAAUUGAGAAAAAGCAAUGCAACUUCAAGCUAGUGCGUUGCUUGAUAAGCUGAAACAUUGCCAAAAGGCAUUAUCGUUUAGUGAGUUGCAGUUAACCACAUCUCAAAAGGUCGUAUUAUGGAGUCUCGGAGUAGUGGGUACAAGUGCUGUAGUAGUCGGAAUAUUGUCUCGAUACUUAGCAAGAAGGAGAGCCAAGCCGAUACUAAACCCUCGGAUACAAAGGGCAAUAAACAAGAGAAUCUCUCGUAUGAGGAGUCCCAGUGGAGGAAUGGGAUCAGUUGCAAGUAGUGGAGGCCGUAGCAGUCCACUGGGGUUCAGUGAGCGGCUAUCACUGGCUUCAGGGUCGAUUGGAUCGGGAGGAGGAGAUGCUGCCCCACUUUCACCACAGCAACUAGGUGUUAUGGGCAUGGAGGCCCUGGAGACAAGUAUCAACUACUGGGAAGACGCGCUGGCAGCGUUCUCACUUGGCGCCCGAGGCGGCGUGUCGGGCACGCUGGCGCUCACCUCACCCGAGGAAGCGGAGUUCUGUCGGGAGAUCCAGGAUCUGCUGCAGAACGCGUACCUGCUACAGGAACGGUGCGAGCUGCUGUUCCUCGACCAGCGCUCCGUGUUGUUCCGGUCGGAAAGCGGCGGCGGCGGCGACGCGGGCUCGGGCGGCGCGGGGCGGCGGUCGCGGCUGCUGUCCACGCACACCGGCUCCUCGCACACGCGCCGCGAGCACCACUCCAGCGCGGAGUCCUUCGCGUCCGCGGAGGAUCAGGUAGCAGAUUUAAGAGAAUUCGACGACCUGAAAGAUGACCUGCCUGAAGUAGAAAACUUAGAAUUAUAUCAAUUAGGUGUCAAACAGUUAGAAAUCGGCAUUCCUUACAGAACUCUUCGCACGGACGUAGUACAAUGCGCGUCGGACUCGGAGUUCCUGUGUAAACUGCACGCGCUGCGACUAGCGUUGGCCGUGGUGUUCCGCGCGCCCGCCAACUGGGCGUGGUUCGUGGACGCGGGCCGCCAGGUGCUCACCGACCUGCUGCUCUACGCGGACAAGGAACCUAAAGAAUUUCUAGUUGCAUAUGAAGAAAUGGUUACGUGGACGUCAGAUCCCGCGAACUGGGUCACAAUCGAAAGCGAACUUUCCAGUAAAGGAGUUAAAGUGCUGUCCUUCUACGACGUGGUGCUGGACUACAUCCUGCUGGACGCCUUCGAGGACCUGGAGGCGCCGCCGUCGUCCGUGCUCGCCGUCGUGCGCAACCGGUGGCUUUCAGACGGGUUCAAAGAGAGCGCGCUGACAACAGCAGUAUGGUCAGUGAUCAAGGCGAAGCGGCGCUACCUUCAGUUCCCGGACGGGUUCAUGGCGCACUUCUACUCCAUCUCCGAGCACCUGCUGCCCGUGCUCGUGUGGGGCUUCCUCGGCCCGCACGAGCGGCUCAAGGAAGUGUGCCACGCCUUCCAGGCGGAGAUCGUCGGGUUCAUCGCCGACCUGUUCAGCUUCCAGCGCUCGCGCUACACCGCGGUGGAGGAGCUGGCCGCGGACGUCAUGCAGCAUGCGCGCGCGCGCGCCGCCGCCAUCACGGACAAGCUCGCCGACCGCGCCUGAACACGAACACGCUACGCCGAACUCUACCCGCAAUAUCGAUAUUAGGUACAUAGAUCCACGAGGAGAUCGUCGGAUUCAUCGCCGACCUGUUCAGCUUCCAGCGCUCGCGCUACACCACGGUGGACGAGCUGGCGGCUGACGUCAUGUCACCGACAAACUAGCCGACCGCGUCGGAACACGCCUCUAUUGAGAGGGUGCAGGUAGUGCCUGAUGUGCCACAAGUUUGAACGGGAAUCAUGCCAUCGGAGAACCGGCCGAUUCUUAUGAGCGUCAGUAUCAACUCUGGGCGCUUGGCGCAUUGCUGAGUAGAUUCCGACGCUCAAAAGAUGCAAGUUUAAUCGGCAAAGUGUUAUGCCAUUGUAGGGCCACCCCGCCCCACCCCAGCGUCUUUUGAGCGUCGACAUCCAGUCAUCCUUAUGAAAAAUGUCGUAGUUGUGCAGCAUAGAAUUCGGGAAACAAUAUACAAUACGCCAACUCUGGUCCCUGAGUGGUUUCAGGUAGAGCCUGCUGUUUCAUGGCAAAGGUAAACGGGAUUUAUGCCACCCUAUCAUCGUUGGCAACCGCUUUUGAGCGUAGCAUGGGGUCAACUCUAUGGUAGCUGCUUGGCGCCAAGUAGA